UAUGAUUUCGGUUUGGGUCGUUUUUUUCUCUUCCCGGCAUAACCAUCAAGGCAGCUUUUACACACAGACGCGUGUAGCACCUAGCAAUCACCAUGAAAGGAUUCUCGUUUUCUCUUGGAUCCAAGAACCCGUCUUCUUCAUCCAACAAGAGAACAAUUCCUAGACCCAAUACACACACUGAUGAAACCAAGGAAUUAAUCACUGAAUUCGAUUCUUCAAAACCCCUUUUGAGUUCCCAAUCCAAAACCCUAAUUAUCCCACCUCAACCCAAUUCAUGGCGACCCACCAAGAAAUUGAAGAAUCUCGAUGCCCCAAUUGAAUCUGCAGGUGAUUCUAAGGGUGCCCUUGAGUUUGAAACUGCUGUUGACCCGGGUCAGGCCCAACCCGGAUCCGAGCCCGAGGUUUCUUAUGGGUUGAAUUUGAGGAAGAGUGGGAAUGGUGAUGUGGGGUCUGUUGAAAAUAGUGAGUUUGUGAGUAUUGAUAGGGUGAUGGUGAAGAAUUUGAAGGAGGAUUUGGAGAAGUUGCCUGAUGAUAUGGGGUUUGAUGAGUUCGAUGGGUGUCCUGUUGAGGGGUUUGCGGCGGCUGUGUUGAAGGGGUAUGGGUGGACUCAAGGGAGGGGAAUUGGGAGGAAUACUAAGGAGGAUGUUAAGGUUGUUGAAUACGAAAGACGGGUUGGGAAAGAGGGGUUUGGUUUUGUUGCUGAUGCUCCGGUGAUGAGUAGUAAUGGUAAGGAUACAGAGAAGAGGAAUGAGAGGAAGAGUGGGGGGCUUGUUGGGAAGGAUGUGAGAAUUGUGAGGGGGAGGGAAAUGGGGUUGACAGGGAGGGUUUUGGAAGUGUCGGGUGGUGGUGAUUAUGCUGUUUUGAGUGUUGUGGAGAAUGGGAGUGAAGUUGAGGUGAGAGUGAGGGGCAGUGAUGUUGCGGAGUUGGGCUCGGUUGAAGAAGAGAGGUGUUUGAGGAAGUUGAGGGAGCUGAAAAUUGGGGAGGAGAAGAAGGAUAGGAAGAUCAGGCGUAGUGAUGAUAGGGAGAAGAAAGUUGGAAUCAAGAUUGAGGAGAGAAGGAGAGAUGAUAAGAAGAGGAGAGGUGAUGAGAGGGAGGAGAAACCGGUAAGGAAAGAGAAAGAAAAAGUUCGGUGGUUAACGAGUAAUAUUAAAGUUAGGGUUAUUAGUAAGAAGUUGAAAGGCGGGAAGUUGUAUUUGAAAAAAGGGAAAGUCGUGGAUGUGGUUGGACCUUCAACAUGUGAUAUCUCUAUGGAUGAUAGUAGGGAGUUGAUUCAAGGUGUUGAUCAGGAGUUGCUUGAAACCGCCCUUCCACGGACUGGAGGUCCUAUUCUUGUUUUGUAUGGAAAGUAUAAGGGUGUUUAUGGAAGCCUUUUACAAAAAGAUACGGAGAAGGAAACUGCUCUUGUUGAAGAUGCUGAUACUCGUAAGCCGCUUCAUGUUCUCCUUGAGCAAAUUGCAGAGUAUACUGGAGACCCGAGUGAAAUUGGAUACUGAUCUUUUUCUGUUGAACUUAACGGUGGAAAAUGUGUGAUGUUCACCUUAAAUUCACGGAAAAGGCUAUGGGCAUCAAUGAUCUGCUUAAAAGCUAGUGGCUGGAAACUUAAAAAGUUGUUGCUGAAUGCUUUAGACAGAAUGCAGCCAAUGCACAAAUAUUUGGAACAAUGGGACAUUUAUAUACAUACUGUUUACUACACUCAAAUUUAGUUAUGCUUGUUGCAGCGCAGAGGGUAGGUGCCUAAUUUGUGUUUCUCAAUGCCGGGCUAAAUAAUAUGUUGAUGGUUGAUGACCCACGAAUCCAUGAUGGGGCACAUGAGUCUGGCUAUAAUGUUUUCUGAAAACAUAGGACUUUUAACAAUAUGUAUAACUAAUAUUAUGCUCUUCCAGUUUUAUGUUCCUUCAGAAGACCCUUCCCGACUCUGCCUGUCAAAAGAGUUCAUGGACAACUUGUUCUGAGGACAAAGUACUUCUCACAUUAAACUGUUAAAAGCUUGGAUGUUCUUUUAUAUUUUAGUGAACUGUUAUGUGA